AUGUUUGCGAGGAAGGACAUUGCUCUUGCAGUAUCAGUAUUGGUGGUGUUUCAGAUUCAGACGUGCUUUUCACAGAUAAACAGAGCAAGUUUUCCAAAGGGUUUUGUUUUCGGAACUGCCUCUUCUGCUUUCCAGCAUGAAGGAGCAGUGAAAGAGGAUGGAAGGGGACCAACUGUCUGGGAUAAAUUUUCACAUUCUUUCGGUAAGAUCAUGGACUUCAGUAAUGCAGAUGUUGCAGUGGAUCAGUACCAUCUUUACCCUGAAGAUAUAGACCGUAUGAAGGACAUGGGAUUGGAUGCCUACCGGUUUUCGAUUGCUUGGUCUCGGAUUUUCCCUAAUGCAACGGGAGAAAUUAAUCAGGCAGGAGUUGAUCACUAUAACAAUCUCAUCAAUGCUUUACUUGCUAAAGGAAUUGAACCGUAUGUCACCCUUUACCACUGGGACCUUCCUCAAGCAUUGGAGGACAAAUACAAUGGAUGGCUUGAUCGUCGAAUUAUACAGGACUUUGCAACAUAUGCCGAAACAUGCUUUCAGAAGUUUGGUGACAGGGUGAAGCACUGGAUCACAUUCAAUGAGCCACAUACAUUUUCCGUACAAGGGUAUGAUGUGGGUCUGCAGGCUCCUGGACGGUGCUCAAUCCUUAAUGGAUUACUCUGCAGGGCUGGGAACUCAGCAACUGAACCUUACAUAGUCGCCCACAAUGUUCUUCUUUCUCAUGGAACGGUAGCAGAUAUAUACAGAAAAAAGUACAAGCCAAAACAACAUGGAUCAGUUGGCAUAUCAUAUGAUGUUAUUUGGUUUGAACCUGCAACGAAUUCCACAGCAGACAUUGAAGCAGCACAAAGAGCCCAAGAGUUUCAGCUUGGCUGGUUUCUUGACCCUGUGAUGUUUGGGGACUAUCCAAGUUCAAUGAGAAGUAGAGUAGGAAGCCGGCUGCCAAGUUUUUCCAAAUCUGAGGUUUCACUUGUCAAGGGCUCUUUAGAUUUUGUUGGAAUUAAUCACUACACCACAUUCUUUGCAUCGAAUUCGAAUCUUGUUAAAGCUCUUAAUGACUCCAUUUCAGACUCUGGUGCCCUUACUGUUCCCUUUGCACUUGGGAAACCUAUUCCAGACAGGGCAAAUUCUAUAUGGUUGUAUAUAGUGCCUCAUGGAAUGAGAAGCUUAAUGAAUUACAUCAAACUUAAGUAUGGGAACCCUCCAGUCAUCAUCACAGAAAAUGGAAUGGAUGAUCCCAAUAACCGACUUAUUCCCAUCAAAAAUGCUCUGAAGGAUCAGAAAAGAAUCAAAUAUCACAAUGACUAUUUAACAAACUUGCUAUCAGCUAUCAAAGAAGAUGGGUGCAAUGUGAAAGGUUAUUUUGUAUGGUCUUUAUUGGAUAACUGGGAGUGGGCAGCUGGAUACACUUCAAGGUUUGGUCUCUAUUUUGUGGAUUAUAAUGACAAACUGAAGAGAUACCCAAAGGACUCUGUUCAAUGGUUCAAGAAAUUCUUGGCUUCUUCAUAAGAUGAGAAAAUUGAAACAAAUACUGAAACUUCACAUUGUUAUACCAAGAUGUGCUGCCUAAUGUAAUUUGUGUUUUAGUGAAAAAAUUUAAUCAUAGUCAAGCUUAAAUUAUAAAGCUUGAAUCAAUAAUAAGUUGUCCUCAUUUUGGAUAUGUCGCCUAAUCCACAACCUUGUUUGGUUAAAAUAAGCUUGGCUUCAGUGAUAAGCAUCCAGAUGAACUGAUGAACUGCAUCCAGAUAGUGCCGGCAAUUAAAGAUUCA